AUGGGGAGUGCUUGCAAAAACAUGAAAAAUAAUCAAGAUCUGAAAUAAAUUUAGAUGAAUUACAAUAAACCAUUUAAAAAAUUGAAAAGAGCUCAAUUUUAACAUCCUAAACAAAUUCUUGAUUUUGAAAGUUCUUAUUCAAUAUGUUCAGAAAGAAAUUCAUCUUAAUUUUCAAAAACCAUUGGACAUAUCAAUACUUCAAGUUGUAUUUAUAUGAAAAGAAGACAUAAUAAUUUUUUAACUAGAAGAGUGAAUAGUAGUUUAAAUCACAAUAGUUUAAAUUUGCUCAAAAAAGAUGAUCAAAAUUCAUAAUCUGAUUUAUCUGUAGAACUGAUAGAUGAUAAUUAACUUAAAUUAAUUAUACCUUAUCAAACAAGAAGAUCUUGGAGUAAAAGAAGAGUUACAACUAAGGUUGAUUUAUUAAAGAAAGUUAAAAAUUAGAAAUACAUUGAAAGAUAUAAAAGGAGGAAAACUUGA